CGCCGAUUGGUUGUGCUCAUGGAGGGCGGGGCCCGGACACGGAGAGAGGGAAUUAGUGUGGAGAACCGGGUGAGUGGGAGCCGCCGCCGUGUCGUAACCCCCUUCGCAGCACCGGAGCCCUCAGCUCCAUCAGGGCCAUGUCGGAGCGAGAAGAGCGGCGGUUUGUAGAGAUCCCUCGGGAGUCAAUCCGGCUCAUGGCAGAGAGCACAGGCCUGGAGCUGAGUGACGAGGUGGCUGCCUUGCUUGCGGAGGAUGUAUGCUACCGCCUCAGAGAGGCCACACAGAAUAGCUCUCAAUUCAUGAAGCACACCAAACGGCGGAAGCUGACCGUUGAGGAUUUCAACAGGGCCCUCAGAUGGAGCAGUGUGGAGGCUGUUUGUGGUUACGGAUCCCAGGAGGCCCUGCCCCUGCGCCCCGCCAGGGAGGGGGAGCUCUAUUUCCCUGAAGACCGCGAGGUGAACCUGGUGGAGCUGGCCCUGGCCACCAACAUCCCCAAAGGCUGUGCUGAGACAGCUGUGAGAGUUCAUGUCUCCUACCUGGAUGGCAAAGGGAACCUGGCGCCUCAGGGAUCAGUGCCCAGUGCUGUGUCUUCGCUAACUGAUGACCUUCUUAAAUACUAUCAGCAAGUGACUCGGGCUGUGCUGGGGGAUGACCCGCAGCUGAUGAAGAUUGCUCUCCAGGACCUGCAGACGAACUCCAAGAUCGCAGCACUUCUGCCCUAUUUUGUUUAUGUGGUCAGUGGGGUGAAAUCCGUAAGCCAUGACCUGGAGCAGCUGCACCGGCUGCUGCAGGUGGCACGGAGCCUGGUUCGGAAUCCACACCUCUGCCUGGGACCCUACGUCCGCUCCCUGGUGGGCAGUGUCCUCUACUGCGUCCUAGAACCACUGGCUGCCUCCAUCAACCCCCUGAAUGACCACUGGACUCUGCGGGAUGGGGCCGCCCUCCUACUCAGCCACAUCUUCUGGACUCACGGGGACCUCGUAAGUGGCCUCUACCAGCAGAUCCUGCUCUCCCUGCAGAAGGUCCUGGCAGACCCUGUGCGACCUCUCUGCUCUCACUAUGGGGCAGUGGUAGGGCUGCAUGCCCUGGGCUGGAAGGCAGUAGAACGAGUCCUGUACCCACACCUGUCCACUUACUGGACAAACCUGCAGGCUGUGCUGGAUGAUUAUUCAGUGUCUAAUGCCCAAGUCAAAGCAGAUGGACACAAAGUCUAUGGCGCCAUUCUGGUGGCCGUCGAGCGACUGCUGAAGAUGAAGGCCCAGGCUGCAGAGUCCCGUAGGGGCGGCCCAGGGGUCAGGGGGUGCCGGCGUCCCGACGACCUGCCCUGGGACAGCCUCCUCCUACAGGAGUCCCCCUCCGGGGGCAGUACCGAGCCAGGCUUUGGGUCUGGCCUCCUGCUGCCGCCAGGGAGCGUGGGGCCGGAGGAUCCUUCCCCUUCGGUGACCCUGGCGGACAUCUACCGGGAGCUCUACGCCUUCUUUGGUGACAGCCUGGCCACCCGCUUCGGUACAGGCCAGCCUGCGCCCACGGCCCCGCGGCCGCCAGGGGACAAGAAGGAGCCGGCGGCCGCCACGGACUCGGUGCGGAAGAUGCCGCAGCUGACCGCCAGCGCCAUGGUCAGCCCGCAGGGCGACGACAGCCCCCGGGGCGCAGGCGGCGGCCCCCCGUCGGCCUCCACGACCACCGCCGCCGAGAGCCGGCCGCUGCCGCGCGUGCACCGGGCGCGGGGGGCGCCUCGGCAGCAGGGCCCGGGCGCCGGCACCCGUGACGUCUUCCAGAGGAGCCGCUUCGCCCCGCGCGGCGCCCCGCACUUCCGCUUCAUCAUCGCCGGGCGGCAGGCGGGGCGGCGCUGCCGCGGGCGCCAGUUCCAGACGGCCUUCCCCGCGCCGCACGGGCCCAGCCCGGCCUCCCGCUACGUGCAGAAGCUGCCCAUGAUCGGCCGCACCGGCCGCCCGGCCCGCCGCUGGGCGCUCUCGGACUACUCGCUCUACCUGCCGCUCUGAUGCGCGCCCGGAAGUGACGUCUGCGCGCUCGUGCCGCGCCGGAUGAGGCGGGGCUUGGGCGGUUGA